UGAGAUGAUGUGAAUUGUCCGAUGCUGUCUACGAGAGUUUAUGAGCUCUGAAUGAUCUGGUUCCGAUCAUUUUUGGAUUCCGAGUACAGACAAAAACUACUUCGCCAAUAUUAUAACUACGCGACAGGUGACAUCGAAAGGGACGAAACCAACAUGAAUAUCACGGUCGUCAUCUUCGCCCUGUGUUCGGUAUUGGCAGUUGUUCUUGGCGCUAUGCUCUUUAUUAGAAGAUACAGAACCCAACUUGCUGAAAAAAUGGAAAAAUUGAAAUUGAGCAAGGAGAAACGACCCAGGUUUCGAAAGCGGGACAAAGUCGCCUUCUACGGUCGGAAGUUGCUUCGAAAAGUGGCAGAAAGUGUAGAGCAGAAGAAAAGGAUGAUUCCGAGGAAACGAACCUUGAUGCGAUCCAACACUAGCGAGAGCUACAUGCGAAGGGAGCCCUCGGACUACUUUCUCGACCCCGAGCUGGCCAAAUUACGUCACAGAAGCAGUGUGCACUUCAUGGUGGGAACAAGCAGUAGCAUGAGUGACGAAAUCCCCAUGGAGAUGUUCUAUCUUCUGAAGUCUGUGAGGGUUUUUGGCUACCUAGAGAGACCUCUGUUCCUGGAACUGUUCAAGUUCAUAGAGACUAAACACAUUGCAGCUGGACUGUAUUUGUUUAAUAUUGGGGAUCCGGACGACACAAUUUACGUGGUGCAGAGUGGAAAAAUUGUCGUCAGUAUUCGCCACCAGGAAAAAGAGUGGCCGGUAAAAGAAGCCACGAAUGGAGAGAGCAUCUACAGUCUCCUGUCAUUCAUUGGCAACCUCACCGGUAGAGAGGAGAGGAUGAAAACUGUCUCCGCUCGAGCAGUCUGUGACUCGACUGUUGUCAAAAUGCCAUUCAGUGCUUUCAUCCCUGUAUUUGAGAAGUACCCAGAGACCAUGAUUAGGGUCAUACAAGUGAUCAUGGUCCGCAUGCAGAGAGUGACCUUUGCGACAUUGCAUGACCAGUUGGGUCUCUGUGAGGAGCUAAUGUAUUCUGCGAAACCGAAUAUGGGUGCUAGUAAUAGCUCUGGGACCACCAGUGGGACUGUCACAGCGAGUGGAGGUGACAAAAGUGGAUCAAACAAGGAAAACCAUUUUUACUUGUUUGCUCUAUGUGAUUCUGUGAUCUGUUGUAAGGAUCCCAAAAUUGGUAAUCCGAUUUUGAAGAAGUCGCCUACAGCCACGCACUUGACUACCAGCUACAAACCAGACGGGUCCGACCAUGACUCAUCCAACGCCUCCCUCAGUCCAUACAAUCUCACCCCCUCGGGUACACCUAAGAAGAAGGUUAAGGUCAAGAAGAGUCAGAAGGAGAGACUGAAGUCAGAGGAGAGUUUCAAUUCGGGCGACAGUGAGGGUGGGUCGAGAAGCAGAGAUGUGAGUCCGAAGAUGAAGUGGAGUUCAGUGACCUUUGACCCCGCUGCUAACAACAGAGGAACUCUGUUGGAUAACGACGAGUUCAAAAAUGUGAUGGACCGAGCACGACUUGAGCGCCUUGAAAGCGCUUCUAAGAUGUCCAACAAUACUCACACGCACCAUGCAUCGGGAAACGAUGAACUGUUUGCGGAUGAACUCAAUUUUUACAAACCAGGGGUCUCGCCUCGACAAACUAGAUCUCACUCUUUGACUUAUAGUCACAACUCAACCACUCUUCUGCAAUUAAACAAGAGUCUAAAGAAGAAAGAUGUGACUGAAAAUGUAUAUAUAGAAGCAGCUCAAUUAUUCGCAAAAGCGUUGGGUCUUCCCACCAAUAAAAGUUACCUUUUAAAUGAUAAAUUGCAACUGCACAACUGUACACCAGGAGCCGUGCUCUUAGAAGCAGGAGCGGUUGAUUCAAGUGUAGUUCUGGUUCUCACCGGGCAGAUAUUAUUAUCAAUGAAAGACCAUAAGAAUAUGGAUGUUACAGUUUACACUUUGGAGAGGGGAGAGACUGCGGGAUUGAUCCCAGUUAUCACAGGAGAGCCGAACAUGUUCUCGUUGAAGGCGAAAACAAUCAGUCGAGUGGUCGUUCUGAGUAAAGAGUAUUUUUACGAAUUGGUGAGUGAAGUACCCACUAUCCUUCCGAAGGUGUCGCGUGACAUCCUGGAGACUAUGUCGCCCUUCGUGAGACAAGCAGACUUCUCCCUCGACUGGAUGCAGAUGGAGGCUGGCAAGUCGGUGUACAGACAGGGAGACAGAUCAGAGGCCACAUACCUAGUCAUCAAUGGACGAUUAAGAUCAGUGUGGCAGAAUGUGGGUGCUACUAGGAAGGAGUUAGAGGGAGAGUACGGCAGGGGAGAUCUGGUUGGAAUGGUGGAAUUGCUGACGAAGAAGGAGCGCAAGACGACAGUACAUGCCGUGCGAGACACGGAGCUGGCUGUGAUCCCAGUGGGACUGCUGGACUUCAUGAAGGCCAAGUAUCCGGGCACAGUGGCCAGACUCAUCCAGAUCCUGUCCCAGAAGAUGAUGAACCAGCACGAGGACCUCAACUCCAGUACCCUUGGCCUUUUGGGUGCGAAGACAUUGAGUAAUAUAUCGACAGUAGCUAUAGUGCCCAGUAAUGACUCAGUGCCUCUAGCAUACUUCACCAUGGAGCUCCUGUGGUGCAUGAAUGCGAUCGGACCCUCAAUCCGGCUCACCAGUUCAGACAUUGUCAACAAGUUCGGAGAGACCGCUUUCGACAUGGUUAAUGACUACAAGUUGUCCAACUUCCUGUCACAGAUUGAGGACCAUCACCGCCUAGUGGUUUACCAGACAGACAAGACACUCUCCAGCUGGACUCAGAGGUGCAUCCGACAGGCCGACUGCAUUAUUAUUCUGGCAGUGGCCGACCAGGACCCGAAAGUGGGCGAAAUCGAGAAACAGGUGGAUAGAGUUGGAGUGAGAGCUCAAAAAGAACUAGUACUCCUGUAUAGACCUAUAGACCCUAAUUCCAAAUCAGAAGGCACCCAUAAUCCUCCCAGGAACACUGCUGUAUGGCUGAACAACAGAGACUGGGUUACCAUGCACCAUCACAUAAGAUGUAAAAACAGAAUAUUCUCAAGGAAGACGCCCUCAAAAUGGGUGGAGUAUUAUACGCCCGUGCUGAGUCGCCCGCCCGACAAGCACUCGGAUUUCAGCCGACUGGCCAGGCAUUUGACGGGCACAUCAAUCGGGUUGAUUCUGGGCGGAGGCGGCGCUAGAGGGGCCGCUCACUUGGGUAUUCUGAAAGCACUCCAAGAAAAUGCGUUAGUGGCUGAGCUGCUGAUGUCUUCGAACCUGCUCAAAGUAUUUGACCUCACGUACCCGCACACCUCUUUCUUCAGUGGGAAGAUCUACCACCAAAUACGCGCAGUAUUCCAUGAACUCCAAAUUGAGGAUCUGUGGAUUCCCUACUUUUGUGUGACCACCGACAUAUCAAUGUCCUGUAUCCGGAUUCAUUCGACAGGGGACAUCUGGCGCUACGUGAGGUCAAGUAUGUCUCUGUCCGGCUACUUGCCCCCUCUCUGUGACCCCUCGGAUGGCCACCUCCUCCUAGAUGGGGGUUAUGUCAAUAACUUACCAGCGUUCGUGGCUGAGAGGGCAGGGCAUGAGACUCUAGAUCUCGAGGUGCACCUGAAAAUAACUGUAGCAGCACCUGCACUGGCGUGUGUUUGUUGUGUUGUUCUAGGGUCUGUUUGGAACUACGUGCGUGCUUCCAUGUCCAACAACCCCUUCCUCCCACCCUUCGUAGACCACAAAGACAACCACCUGCUAGUUGACGGAUGCUAUGUCAACAAUGUACCCGCGGACAUAAUGAAGGAGCUGUGGAAUCCCAGAAGAGUGAUUGCUGUUGAUGUGGGUAGUCAGGACAGUCAGAAUCUGACCAACUACGGGGACUACUUGAGUGGGUGGUGGGUGUUGGCAAACAAGUGGAAUCCCUUUCCCUCCAAAAACCCACCCAUCAGGGUACCUGGCAUGGAGGAGAUCCAGUCUCGACUGGCCUACGUGCUGUGCAAGAAACAGCUGGAGGAGGUGAAGAAUUCGCCCUACUGCGACUACGUCAGACCACCCAUAGACAAAUACAAGACUCUAAGUUUUGGUCUGUUCGAUGAGAUCUACCAGUUGGGCUAUGACCAUGCAGCUGCCCUGUUCCAGCAGUGGGUGAAGGGUAACUACCUGUCGAAACUCCUGGACACUGCCAGUGACUCCGAUGAUCUAAUCAUGUCUGCGUCCAGUCCCUACCGCACUAGAGCCAGCAACUCAUACAAGCACAAAUACUCCAUGAAAGAGAGCAUGGACGAAUUCGCCCAAGUAGCCUCCCGGAUAUCGCGCCAGAUGCUGUCGGACAAAGACAACCAGUUCUCGACUGCCGAAAGCUCAGACGAACACUCAAGUACUGUCUUCACGAGUCAAGGUGCACUGCCUCCAUUUAAAGAGGAGAGCAACUACUAUUAUACCAAUCAAACUCUACCUCACGAAGAAGACAUUUCACACGGGGACACCAACGACAACAGAGACACGAGGAUCACUUCGGAAAAGCCGACAACAAGCGGCCACGACACUAUUGAAAGUUUGCCGAGGCAAGGUUCAAAUCGCAAUGGCCCAGCAAACGAAAAACAUGCUAAGUUCGCUCGCGGUAAUGCGGGGAGAACGAACGGCGGCAGCGAAGUGAGGAAUCGGUUCGCGGGGACGAAUCGUCACAUAACUUUAAUGGAGAGCACAAGCUUCGGUGAAGGAAACUAUUCAGCCAAUCAAAAUCGCAAGAAACGAAGUGCAAGUAGCUCACAGGACCGAAACGAGCAAUCAAGCGAUGAUAACUAAACUAACUUGGCCAAAUUAAGUAAAUUAGUUUAACUAGAGUAGGUAGUUAAAUUAAACUGAAGGUGCUUGCGAUAGAUAAAUUGUGCUUCAAUUGAUAGAUAAAACAGGAAUAUCAUAGCUUUGUUUGCAAAAUAAAGCUUUGAAUUUCGUGAAUUUAAAAUUCUUAUCUC